GCAGCAUGCAUUUCAGAAGUCCGGAACCAGAGGCAGAGGCCUUCUGCGGUGAUCUUCGUGGUACCGGUGCGCUCAUUGUGAGAAGAACAGGCAGAGUAGUCCACCCUGGUGAAAAAGCAGUGGGUCUGGUGUGACCUGGAGCGCGCUGAACUGUCUGCUCAUCCCAGAUCGACGGACUUACGAGCACCGCGGAUUCCUGAAGCCAGUAUACCUCGAACAGCAGCUUAGAGACCACUGGAUGUCCCACCCAUGGGAGAACGGCAGAGCCGAAAGCAGCGUUGCGGCUAUUGCCUCAUAGAUUUGGGCCGAGCUCCUUUCCAUGAGAGUAUAUCCGAGAGACCAGGUUGUCCUCCUUGUCGGCCGAAGAGGAUUCAGUCCUCGUACAUGUUGUUCCCUCUUUGCGUUCCAUCUGUCGAACGAGAUUCGAGAACCCUAGUCAUAUUGUCUUGUCCAAGCUCUUGCGAUCUCAGCGGGGCCCUUCUUGGUGGACGUGCCGCACUGGUGGCAGCGCUCAAAGGUCCGAAGCCACUGCAGAGAGAGACUCCAUGUGAGUCACUUGCAUCUGCUCAAAGGGGAACUGUAUGGCAAGCAGAAGAGAUCAAGAUGGGGCCCUUUUCGAGGGUGACUCUUGAUGACAUGUUCGGAGCAGGAGCUCGAAGAGACACUAGAAGUGAUUACAUCCGAGAGCCUGAACUUCCUCAGAGAUCUUUCUAGCAAGUUCACUGAAACUACGCUGCGCCAGCCUAGAGGACAAAACAGCCAUUCACAGCUCCAAGUCGAGCCUUGCAUAAGAUGUCUGAAGCAGACGUGGUCUUAGGACUCCAUGAUAAGGGAUUGCGUCUUCCGUGUCGUCUCA